AUGGGUCUCUCAAUUCUUCCUCCCAUGCUGCUUUCAUUUGUUAUUUUUUCUCUGUUACAUACGCCCACGCUUGCCGUUAAAAAGUCUUAUGUAGUGUACUUGGGAGGACAUUCGCAUGCCCUAGAGGCUUCAUUGGAUGAACUCGACAGUGUGACGAAUUCUCAUUAUGAUUUGCUUGGAUCAGUGGUAGGAAGCCCUGAGAAGGCUAAGGAUGCAAUCUUCUACUCAUAUAGAAGAAAUAUUAAUGGCUUUGCCGCAAAUCUCGAGGAGGAGGAAGCAGCAGAGAUUGCAAAGAAUCCAAAUGUCCUAUCAGUUUUCGAAAACCAGCCAAGAAAACUGCACACAACACGAUCAUGGGAUUUUCUUGGACUUGAGAAAGGUGGAAAAAUUCGUGCCAGUUCGAUAUGGAAAAAAGCAAGGUUUGGUGAAGAUACAAUCAUUGGAAACCUCGAUACCGGCGUUUGGCCGGAAUCGAAGAGCUUCAGCGAUGAAGGAUUGGGUCCCGUCCCGUCGAGGUGGCGUGGUGUCUGUGAAAAAGGCUACAAAGACGGUUUGCAUUGCAACAGGAAGGUGAUCGGAGUAAGGUACUUUAACCAAGGAUUUUCGGCAGGUACAGGGGUUCAUCUUAACAAAUCCUAUAACACUGCUCGUGACCAAGAUGGCCAUGGAACCCAUACCUUAUCUACUGCCGGCGGUAACUUUGUGGCCGGAGCUAGUGUUUUUGGGAAUGGCAAUGGCACUGCCAAGGGUGGAUCACCAAAAGCCCGUGUGGCUGCCUACAAGGUCUGCUGGAGUGUAUCCAAUACCAGUUCUUGUUUUGACGCGGAUCUAAUGGCUGCCUUUGAAGCUGCAAUAACUGAUGGUGUUGAUGUGCUUUCUGUUUCUGUGGGUGGCGGCCCCACUGAAUUUUUCAAUGAUGGGAUGUCAAUAGGUGCCUUCCAUGCUGUUAAGCAUGGCAUUGUUGUUGUUUGCUCCGCCGGAAAUGAUGGACCAACUCCGGGGUCAGCAACCAACCUGGCACCAUGGAUAUUCACAGUCGGAGCUAGUACGAUUGACCGGGAGUUUGCUAGUUAUGCUGCUCUUGGCAACAGGCAACACCUCAAGGGAACAAGUCUUUCAGGAGCCUUGAAACCUGCUAAGUUCUACCCAUUGAUCAGUUCUGUCGAUGCCAAAGCUCCUAAUGCAACCGCUGAGGCUGCUCAGCUUUGUCAGGCAGGAGGCCUUGAUCCCCAGAAGGUGAAAGGAAAGAUUUUGGCGUGUCUUCGAGGGAUAAAUGCAAGAGUUGAUAAGGCCCGUCAGGCCUUUUUGGCAGGUGCUGUGGGUAUGAUAUUGGCUAAUGCUGAGAGCAAUGGGAAUGAAAUUAUAGCCGAUUCUCAUGUGCUCCCUGCUACACAUAUCAAUUACUCCGAUGGCCAACAACUCUUUGCUUACAUUAAGAGAAGCAAGAACCCUACGGCUUACAUUACUCCUGUAAAGACCGAAUUGGGAACAAAGCCAUCUCCAUUUAUGGCUUCAUUCUCAUCCAGGGGGCCUAGUUUGAUUGAGCCAAAAAUCCUCAAGCCUGAUAUCACAGCACCAGGGGUGAACAUACUUGCUGCCUACACCGAAGCAACAAGCCCAACUGAUGACGAUUCUGACAAACGUCGUGUUCCUUACAAUAUAAUCUCUGGAACUUCCAUGUCCUGCCCUCAUGUUUCCGGCAUUGUCGGCCUCCUCAAAACGCUCCACCCUGACUGGAGCCCGGCAGCAAUCAAAUCCGCAAUCAUGACCACCGCAACAAUCCGAGAUAACAACAAGGGAACAAUAUUGGACUCGGCCAAUAAUCUCAAAGCCACACCAUUUGCGUAUGGGGCAGGACACGUGCAACCAAACCAUGCAGCCGACCCUGGACUGAUCUAUGAUCUGACCGUUAAUGAUUACUUGAACUUCUUAUGCGCUCGUGGCUACAACCAGACCAAGAUCAGAAUCUUUUCGGGCGGGGCGUAUGCAUGUCCCAAGUCUUUCAAACUGGAAGACUUCAAUUACCCUACAAUCGCAGUUCCUAGUCUCCCUGCAAGUCAAGUGACUGUUACUAGAACAGUAACUAACGUUGGUUCUCCUAACACCUCGUACCAAGUUCAUGUCAACGCACCUGCCGGAGUUUUGGUCUCGGUCGUACCUACAACAUUGAACUUCAGGGCAGUCGGUGAAAAGCAGACCUUCAAGGUUACUUUGAAGCCCAAUGGUAAGAGUACUAUUAAGGACUAUGUUUUUGGGGAGUUGUUUUGGUCAGAUGGCACGCACGUUGUGAGGAGUCGUAUUGCAGUGAGCUGA